AUGGACUCGUCCUCUUCUUCUUCAGCUCCGUCGACUUCGUCCCUGCACUUGGCCAUGGCGGCCUUCGUCGGAGCCUCUCUCAUGGCCGUCUCCGCCUUCUACAUCCACAAGCGCAGCGUCGACCAGGUGCUCCAGCGCCUCAUUGAGAUCCGCCGCAAGCCAUCUCGCAUUUCCGAUAAUCGCUCUGCAACCGAAGACGGAGGAGAAGAGAGUUACAUCGAAGACGGAGAAGAGCGAGGGUUUGAGUCUGACGGUGAGGUCACUGACGUGGCUAUUGAUCGGAACAUGCGACCGAGGUCGGUCGACGACAAGGCGCUUCAGUCUUAUAGGAUAUCGUCUUCGUUGCCCAAUGUGGCUUCGAGGAGCACCGAUUGGAUGGAAGAGGAAGCUAAGUUUGAUCCACCCCCGAAUUUUCGAGCUCCAAGGUUUUCUUCUUCGCUAGACAAGCUCAAUUUAAUUCCCUCGGGGCUUCCACUUCUUCGAACCGAUCAAAGAACCGGAGAGGGUCAGUCUGUUAACCACUCUGGUUCCAAUACAAGGAUGACGCCUAUUGGAAGGUUAAUGACUCCGAGGUCUCAGGCUGGAAAUGCCUUUGAAAGUAUUGCAGACUCCGACGAGGAAGGAACUGAGUUUGCAAAUGAAGAUGACGAUACUUUCAACUAUGGAAAUGUAGAUUCUUUAGAUAAUACCGUAACUGUACUUUACCAAAAUGAAGGUACAAAACAAAUGCGAAGGCUUCAAAGCAAUGGCGAUGGAAAGGUAGAUACAGCCUCAGGAAACUCCGUGAAGAAUGAUCACAAUUUUACCAGCAUCGUUUUACCAUUGAGUGCAUCAAUGCAUGAAUCAAUAAGCAAAGAAGAAGAAGAAGUGCACAAGAUGAUUCGAGAAUGCUUGGAUCUACGUAAGAGGUAUCUUUACAGAGAAGAAGUUGCUCCAUGGACGGUAGCCAGAACAGACUCCAUUGCAUCAGAGAAGAAAAGUGAUCCAUUUCAUUUUGAACCCGUUGAACCAUCAACUCACUGCUUUAGGAUGGAAGACGGUGUGAUACAUGUUUAUGCAAGUGAAAAUGACACUGUAGAUAUUUUCCCUGUUGCAAGUUCAACAGCAUUUUUCACUGAUUUGCAUUAUCUUCUAAAAGUUUUGUCUAUUGGAAAUGUACGCUCUGCAUGCCAUCAUAGGUUACGAUUUCUUGAGGAGAAAUUCCGUGUUCAUCUGUUGCUAAAUGCGGAUAGGGAAUUUUUAGCCCAGAAGAGUGCACCACACCGUGAUUUUUACAAUGUUAGGAAAGUUGAUACGCAUGUGCACCAUUCUGCUUGCAUGAACCAGAAGCAUCUCCUCUCCUUUAUCAAGUCAAAGCUCAAAAAAGAACCUGAUGAGGUUGUCAUAUUCAGAGAUGGAAAAUAUCUUACACUCAAGGAAGUCUUUGAGAGUUUGGACUUAACAGGGCAUGAUCUGAAUGUUGACUUGUUAGAUGUGCAUGCGGAUAAGAGUACUUUCCAUCGAUUUGACAAAUUCAACUUAAAGUAUAAUCCAUGUGGACAGAGCAGACUCAGAGAAAUAUUCUUGAAGCAGGACAAUCUUAUCCAGGGGAGGUUUUUAGCAGAAGUAACAAAAGAAGUUCUGUCAGAUCUUGAAGCCAGCAGAUAUCAGAUGGCAGAGUACAGGAUUUCUGUUUAUGGAAGGAAACAAAGUGAGUGGGAUCAACUGGCUAGUUGGUUCGUUAACAAUUCAAUCUAUAGUGAGAACGCUGUCUGGUUAAUACAGCUACCACGGCUAUACAAUAUCUACAAAAAGAUGGGAAUUGUUACCUCUUUCCAGAAUAUUUUAGAUAAUGUGUUCAUACCGCUCUUUGAAGCCACUGUCAAUCCAAAUUCUCAUCCUCAACUACAUUUGUUCCUGAUGCAGGUGGUGGGUUUUGACAUUGUAGAUGAUGAAAGUAAACCAGAAAGGCGUCCAACUAAACACAUGCCAACACCAGCUGAAUGGACUAAUGAAUUCAAUCCUGCAUACUCUUAUUAUGCUUAUUACUGCUAUGCAAACUUGUACACUCUUAAUAAGCUGCGUGAAUCAAAGGGGCUUCCUACAAUAAAAUUCCGACCUCACUGUGGAGAGGCGGGUGAUACUGACCAUUUGGCUGCCGGAUUCCUUCUAUGCCAUAAUAUCUCUCAUGGGAUCAAUCUUCGCAAAACUCCUGUUUUGCAGUACCUGUAUUACCUGGCCCAGGUUGGGUUGCUUAUGUCACCUUUGAGCAAUAAUUCACUUUUCUUGGAUUACCAUCGCAACCCCUUUCCUAUGUUCUUCCAACGUGGUCUAAACGUCUCACUCUCAAGCGAUGAUCCUUUACAAAUCCAUUUGACAAAAGAACCGCUUGUGGAAGAAUAUAGUGUUGCAGCACAGGUAUGGAAGCUCAGUGCUUGUGACCUCUGCGAGGUGGCGAGAAAUUCUGUCUAUCAAUCUGGAUUUUCACAUGUAGCAAAGUCGCACUGGCUUGGUAGUAAGUAUUUCUUGAGAGGCCCUGAAGGAAAUGACAUGCAGAAGACAAAUGUGCCUCAUUUGAGGAUUGCCUUUCGACAUGAGGCAAGUGUCUAUGGUUCCUGUUGA